GCAGCAGGUGGUUCGCUUUUCUAGUCUUUUCCGGACGGGCAAGAAGAUGCCGCUGGGGCUGAGAGGCAAGAAGAAAGACAAGUUCAAGGAGACUAACAUGCUGGUGGACGCCGAGGCUCCCGUGGCGGGAGGGAGAGGCGACGAGGACGACGCGGCCACCCCCAUCGCCGCCGCCUCUCCACCCCCUCAGGUCCCCGUCCGGCUUCUCUUCCACACGCAGCUGGCACACGGCAGCCCUACGGGGCGCGUGGAAGGCUUCGCCAGCGUGCGGGAGCUCUACGCCAAGAUAGCCGAGGCCUUCCACAUUGCCCCGACGGAGAUCAUGUUUUGUACUCUGAAUACACACAAAAUAGACAUGGACAAGCUCUUGGGAGUACAGAUUGGUCUGGAAGAUUUCAUAUUUGCUCAUGUGAAAGGAGUGAAAAAGGAAGUAGAAGUUUUCAAAUCUGAAGAUUCUCUUGGGCUUACCAUUACUGAUAAUGGAAAUGGAUGUGCCUUCAUAAAAAGAAUCAAAGCAGGCAGCCUUAUUGACCAAAUAAAAGUGAUAUGUGUUGGUGACCAUAUAGAAUCUAUAAAUGGAAAAAGUGUAGUGGGCUGUCGCCAUUAUGAAGUUGCUAAGUAUUUAAAGGAUUUGGAGAAGGGUCAGAUGUUUACGCUAAAAUUGAUAGAACCGCUGAAAUCCUUUGAUAUGAUUGAACCAAGGUCAAAAGGUGGAAGUUUUGCUGAGGGAAAAAUCACCAGGGGAAAAGAGACUCUUCGACUGAGAUCUAAAGGCCCUGCAACAGUGGAAGAAAUGCCUUCUGAUAUUGAAGAAAAAGCUAUUAAAAAGGUGGAUGAUCUUCUUGAAAUGUAUAUGGGAAUAAGAGACCCUGAACUAGCUGCAACAAUGGUAGAAGCUGGAAAAGGCAAGAACAACCCAGACGAGUUUGCAAUUGCGCUUGAUGAAGCUCUAGGAGAUUUUGCAUUUCCAGAUGAAUUUGUUUUUGAUGUAUGGGGAGCCAUAGGUGAUGCAAUGCAAGGACGAUUUUAAUGAGAAUUAGACAGGUUUAGUAGAGCACAGUGUGAAGGCUGGAGACCUAAAAUGUACUGCUGUGUGCAUUGCAUGGGAUAUAAAACAGGCCUGCUAAACAGAAGCAUCUAAUGUAUUGUUUGAAGCGAAUACAUUUAUUUUCAAAUAAAUUUGCGGUUCAAGUCUUUAUCAUAUGAAGCUUUUAAGCUGAUAAGGCACUUAAUUUGAGAUACAUUCACUGGAAAUCUUUUAAGAAAACUUUAUUCUUUGAGUACUUGUUUUGCACAUUUGCUUUUCUUAAUUUAGCUUGGACGUGUUCCAGAGGGAAUGCUGAAAAAUCCAGUGACAAUGAACUGUUUCUCAUCAAGAAAAUAUUUUGCCAGUAUUAGUUGAAUUGAAGCACAAUUGUAUUGACAUAAUGUAUUAUUAAGUAACCAGACUUUGCCUUUUCUUCUUUCUUUGAUGAUUGAUGGUCUCUUUAAGGAUUCUUCCUUAAAGUAGUGCCUUACUGGACAGUCCUGUGUAUGUUUACUCAGAAGUAAUUCUCACUUUAUUAAAUGGGGCUUACUCCCAGGUAAACGUGCAAAGGAUUACAAACAUAUGCUUCAGAUCAAAUAGGGACAGAAGGUUCAGGAGAGGAGCAGAUGCUUUGCACAUCCUUGUGCACCAUUGGUUUGGUAAAUGGCACUUCUCAAGCAAAGGGCUGAGAAUGCCUGAUAGCUGCUGCCAGUCAGGGUAGAUAGUACUGAGCUAAAUGAACUGUUAGUAUGGCUUAGUAUAAGGCAACUUGUUUUUUUAUAUUAUAUGUUACAUAACAGCCAGAGGGGGGGAAAUGAACUAUUUCUCAUGGAGGUGUUAUGGAUAAUAGACCCAAAACUUUGGCAGUUUUCACAAGUGAUUGUUAAAUCAAUGUUUGCAUUUUGCAAGUCUAUAAAUCAUAAAUAUGUUGGCUAGAAUGUUUUGUUUGUAUUCUGCUUUGUCUUUUGCACUGAGGCCAUUCACAAUGACACAUUCCAGGUUAAAAGGCCUGGUUAAUGUCAUUUGGGGAAGUGUCAUUGGUACCACUGGGGAGAAGAGACUUAAAUGAUUGUAUUAACUUUAAAGAAAAAGUACUCUGGAAAUACUUCAUGUCCAAAGUUCCUAUAUUUAAAGCUUUUCUUGUUAUUGACUUCUAAAAAAUAUUGAAAAUGUUGAAUGGGCAGUCAGAAAACUCACACUUUUUGAUGCUUCAUCUGUGUUUUAGAACUUUUUAGGGUACUUAGUACUCAACUAUGCAUUGAAGGCUAAAAUGAAAAUCCAAAAAGUGGUAUUGAUACUAGUCUUUAGAUACAAUCCAUCAUGAUCAUGAACCAAUCCUGUGAAAUCCAUUUUGAAAUGAAAGAUAUGAAACAGCAUAUGUUUUAAUGUUAUUCCCAGUAAUUUCAGUGAGGCACGUACAAGAAACUUUCUGUGGGAUUUUUCAAUAAGUGAUUUUAAUUAUUAUAGCUCCAUUGUUGCAUGAAAACCUGUCAGUUGGUUUUUCUAAAAAAGCAGAAAUUGUAACUAUUUAUUGAUGUGUUAAUGUCACAAUAACUAUGUAAAUGUGUGUAAACUUUAGCAUUUGAUUUUUUAAUGCCGUUUUUGUAAAUCUUGGAAUACUGAGGAAUUGCUAAUGUGCCAAUAAAAUAACAAAGCAGAAAUUAGAUUAAAUGGGAUCAUUCCCAGUUGGAUAACUUCACUGGAACAUCUUCUAUUUGAAACUAUGCAAGAUUUUCAACUAUGCACAUCUCUUCAUCAGACAGAAUGGAAAGAUCGCUAAAUCUUGGAUAUGUACAAGAACAGUGUUUACUAAUAUGAAUACUUUAGCC